GUCACUGUGCUCUGUGCACGCCAUUUUGAAGCAUUGAACUUGUUUACAGGUAAAGCCGUGGUUGUAAUCCAUUGCCAUCCUCUUUAAUCUGGGGACAAUGGACCUCCAAUACGGCGUAAAUGUGUCCAACAAAUUUGACAUUACCAGUUUCAACGAAAUACUUGAUUCUGGGAAAACGAAGAAGGCAGUAGAGGGCGAGAAACCCAAGCUGGGCUCAAAUAAACAAAAUACGAAGAAGUCCACCCCUCACACGGAAACCAAGGAUAAAAAGAACGACCAAAACACCAACAAAAAAGAAGUUCAAAAAGAUGCUCCUCUAUCGGAGAGAUCUAAUCGAGGAGGUAGAGGAAAUAGAGAUGGCCGUGAUAAAGAGUCGCGAGAUAAUAAAGAGAAUGAUGGAGAGAGGAAUGAAAGGAGAGGUGGUUUCAGGAAACCAAGAGAUAAUGUAGACAAUAGAGGUGGUGAUGAAAAUGUUCCUCUAGAAUUCAGGGAAAAGCCAGAAGGAAGUCGAUUCAAUAGAUUCGAUGGUGAUAAUGAUAGAGGACGAGGAAGGGGGAGAGGCAGGGGUGGUUUCCGUGGUAACAGAGGACGAGGUGGAUUUGGAGAAGGAAGAGGUGGUGGAGGAGGGGGAUUUGGAGCACCCUUUGAGAGAAGUGGUAAAAGAGACUUUGACAGACACAGUGGAAGUGACAAAACUGGUGUCAAAGCAGUUGAUAAGAGAGAGGGUUUUGGAAAAAGAAAUUGGGGAUCAUUCAAGGAUGAUAUAAAGAUGAACAUGAAUGAAGAGAGCGUCCCUCAAGAAAGUGAAACAGCUGAAAACUGGAAUCAAAAUGAAGAGAAUGUUGAACCACAAGAAACAAGUGGUGAUCCAGCUCCAGGCACUACAGAAGCUGUGAAUGAAGAAGAUGCCCAACCAAAACAAAUGACGCUAAAAGAAUACAGAGCAUCUCAAGGCAAGAAUAGAUUAAGGAGCCAGUUUCAGAUUCGUAAAGCAGGAGAAGGAGUUGAUGGAUCACAGUGGAAGGAAGGUACUAAGAUUAAGAAGUCUGUAAACAACCCUGCAAAUCCUCCUAAACCGACAACUGAGAGAAGGCGAAAGAACUCAGAAUCAGAAGAAGAAGAAAGUGAUGAUGAUCAUGAAGAGCGUAAAAAGAAAAAUAAGAAUACAUUGAAUAUUGAAAUCACGUUUAAUGAUAAUAAUCGACGAGGUGGUCGUGGUAAUAGAAGAGGACGCGGACCAGGUCGUGGAUUUUAUCGUGGAAAUUCGCCUCGUGGUGGUGGAAGAGGAGGUGGUGAUAGGAAAUAUCGCGAUACAGCACCAAGAGUCGAUGAUGAAAAAGACUUCCCGAGUCUUGUGAAAAGUGCUGCAUAAAAAGUGCAUAUUUCAAAUGCACCCACAAUUAUAAAACAAGUAUAUUGGAUAAUGUUGAUUAUGUAGUUGACAUCAUGGCCUGUUAUAAAUGAUGCCUGAAAUUUUUGUAUGUUUUGAAACGCUCUUUGUCUGAAGUCAAAUCAUCCUGAAUGCAUUUUAAUACCUCCUGUUUUUUUAUGUUAUAUUCGGAGGUGUUCUGGGGAUCUCAUUUGGUGAUGCUGUGUUUAACUUUGACUUUUCUUGUGAAUAGAAAUUGAGACAUUUUGAACCCAUAGUGGGCCCUCUUAAAAUCAAACAGUACCCUUGUAAAGAUAUCCGUACUGGUCCAAGUGCUAGCUCAAAAAGUGCUUUUUUCCCCUCAUUAUUGAGAGUGAAAAUAUUUUGCCAACAUAAUUUCGAAAUAACUCGUAUAAAUGUUAUUUAUAAAUAAAACCUAUUUAUGAACAUUACCAAAGCUAGUAACUGAAUGUGCUGGCUGAUGAGAAAAUUGUGAUGAGGAUUUGGUUUCGGUGACUCCAUUGGUGGUGAAUAAAAUUUUUACUUUCCCACAGAAACUUCAUCAAUUUGUCGGUUUUCAUAUUUGAAGUACUAUUUUUAGGUCAUAGUUUUGUAGUAGUUGUCUAUCUUUUAGUGAAAAUGUACUCUUUAUAUAAAUUCUAAAGUAAUAUUGAGAUAUUGGGAUAUUGUACUAAAUAUAUGGCUAUAGAACAGCCUUAAAAGAGAUUUGUCAAAAUAUACCUUGAAUGACUAACAUUUUUUUUCACAAAAUAAGAAUAAAUCUAUCUUUCAUCCAAAAGUUUUCUCGUUUAAUCUUUAGUCCUAAAACUAAUUCAAAUUUAUACAAUUUUUAUGUCCCAGAAGCACUAUAAACAGUAAUUUUAUAGAUAUUGUUGAUUUAUAUAGAAUCUAUGGUUUUAACCGUUAAUAUCAGUGUUCAUUUCAGUGUAAGAAGCAAUGAGUUGUAACUGCUGAUAAAAUAACAGCUGUUUUCAGUCAACUAACACUAGUCAGCAUCAAAAAGAAAAAGCAUUUAAAAAUUUCAAGAAUGCAAGAUAGUGUUGAAUUGUCUAGAAUCAGCUAUUGAUUGAUGUCAGUUUGUAUUAAAAUUGCGUAACAAACUGUUGAAAGACUGUUCAUUUGAAAUUUGAUUAAUUAAGUAUAUAUUACAUUUUUCUAUGAAUUCAUCUGGUUUCAUAUUGCCUCUGGAUUUCGUAAUGGAUUUAUUCUAGUGACAAUUGACUGGAAAUAUGUCUUCCAAUAUUGCUGGACUGUAAAAAACAUCAACUACGCAUAGUAUAUAUAUUCUGAAAUGCACAAGGCCAUUUUGCUAAAAAUCAUAUCAAAUGCUGAGCAAAUUAAAAACUUCUGGAGUAUUGAUCAAUCACUGCAGCAAGAGAUCAACAUUUCCACUCGGCAGCGAUUUCAGACAUCAUUAAUGGCCCUUGCAGAUAUUUAAACUCUUGUGACAAAAGCUUAUCCAUUCCGAUUGGCUGUACUGAAAUUAAACUAUUUGUUUUAUAAUACUGUGCUCAUUGCUAGAAAAUAAAUUUCAACAUCUUCAAUAUAUAACUAUCAUUCUCACCCUUUAUUAUAUAGCCAUUUAUGUAUGACAUGUGUAAUUGUGUGCUUGUGAAAGGCCAUUUAACCACAGAUUGACUAGUGAUCAAUUUAAUUAUUACAGUGGGCAAAGAAAAGAAUAAAACUUCAACAUCUAU